CAGUGUUGUUUUUGCAAUGUGCGCAAUGUGCUAGGAAGAUCCCGAACAUUCUAUAUAAUACGCGUUUCUGUUGAACUUGUCUGCUUGAAAUUGGAAGACGAUGGGCGUUGACACGGAGGCUGAAGGUUGAAGCUCCGUUCCAAACCGAGAGCUGAUGUGACAGAGAUCAAAGGAACGGUCUGGACCAAACUCAGUAUGAUGUAUGAACAGCUAUGAGCGCAGGCCGCAGUACAAAGGUACCAUUUGAGAUGAGUGCUGAUCUCGUGAGCCCGACAAAUGAAUCUUCGGAUACGCCCAGAAAACCUAUCAAAUCGACGGCAGUCGUUAAAUUGUCGACAUCAGAAAUACCCACCAAUUUUGAGGUUCUUCAACUGAAUACAGAUUUAAAUGAGCCUCCGUCCAACUGGCUCUCGACUAAAGCAACAAAUGGCUCCUCAUUUGGCUUCACCAAUGCUUCUGGAUUCAACAGCUUUAGAAUUGCAAAUAUGUUCCCUGACUGUGUUGGAGAGGUGGAUGUUGUUUCUGAUUCAGAAAACAUUAAGAAGCUUCUGAAAAUCCCUUACAGCAAGGGUGCAGUGAGCAUGAUUGUGCACAGAGUAGAAAAUACUCUGCUCAUUGACGAGUUUGAUAUUCACAAGCAUUUGAUGCGGACAGCGGAGAGCGAGUGGAGUUGGCUGAGAAAGUUCUUUGUUGAGCAUGUCAUGAAUAACCUCAGCUCCAAAGGCUUCCAUCAAAAAGACUUCAGUAUUGGAUUCAGCCGUGAUGCUCUCCAAGAGCGAAAACUGGUUUCUAAAUUUUUGUACCACAGUCUUAGUGAGACAAACUCGCCAAGCAACGCAGAAGGAUGCAAAGCAACAAAGGAAAACGUGGAGCAAGAUGCUGCCUCUAUGUACUGGUCAAGUCUGCCGGAGCCACAACUGGAGUUGCCUGACAACUCGGUUGGCCAUGAGUUUGCCAGAAAUGUUGUGUGGACUUUUGAAGACAUUCAAAUGCUUCUCGGAACAGACAUGCCAAUUUUUGGCGGAGAUACUCAUCCCUGCAUAAGCUUGAGACUCAGGGAUAUGAAAAAGCCAAUCAACGUUCUCACAGGCAUUGAUUACUGGUUGGACAACUUGAUGUGUAAUGUUCCUGAGGUUGUCAUGUGCUGUCACCUGGAUGGAUUGGUUCAAAAGUACGAACUGAUCAAAACAGAGGACCUGCCCCACUUAUCAGGAAGCAAAUUUUCGCCAAAACUGAUUCAUGACGUUGCUCAAAACAUCCUCUCCUUCCUGAAGUCAAAUGCAACCAAAGCUGGACACACUUACUGGCUUUUCAAGGGCAAAAACGAGGAUGUGGUGAAAUUAUACGACCUCAGUUCCCUCUGCGAAAGUGACACAGAGAGUGGUGAUGGAAACCCGUUCACCGUGCCUGUAGCCAUGCUUCUUUACAAUGUGGCUCGUAAAAUGAAGAAACAGAACAGCAAGCAACAUGGUGGCAUUCGAGUGUUGUUAGAACACUGCAUUUCUCUCUUGGACAGAGAAAAAUAUCCAAAGAUUGUUACUUCAGCUCAUUACAUGUUGUCAGACUUGUAUGUUCCUGCUGAGACUAAUCCAUCAGACCCAGCUUUUCCUGAAGAAGAGCCAGAAGAUCCAGAAACCCUGGAUGGAAGAGAUGAAAAUCCUGAACAAGGCCAGGAGGAGGAGGAAGAUACUAAUGGAAAUGUUGAGGUUGGGUCUCUAUGCUGGAGUAAUUCUUGCACCAAAGUGCAAAAAAAGACCCAGCCGCCACCAUUGUUAGGCUCGAUCAGCGAGCGCUGCCAAAACAGUUUGAAACACAUCGCUGAGGGUCUCUACUGUCUGCGCCAAUUGGACACGCGGCAGAUCCAGAAGGAGGAGGAGGAACCCAGGAUGGCCCACCCAUUCACUGCCAUUCCAAUGCCAUUCGCCAGCCUCACCAGUAUGGCGGUCUCCCCGACCAAGGCUGAAGAGCCAAAGAUAGAUUCUGCAAACCACUGGAAAGCCCAGUUGCUCACCCUGCUAUAUGAGAAGGCACUGCUGGUUGCUGCUGUCCUGACUCAGCACUCGCUCGCCACUGAGCAGUACGGGACUGCGCUGCGACAGGUACAAGUGCUGCUCACCCUCAAUCUUGGCCUACAGAAGCUGUCCAAACUGCUUGGUGUCAAACACGGCAAGGAAGAAGAUAAGGAAGCUACCAAGAGUUUUUUGCUGGGACAAGCGGGAGAUGCUUGCUGCAUGAUUGUCCAAAAUUGGAGCAAAAUCGACCAGUUCAAAGCUGACAUCGCAACUAAAGAUGAUUUCAUAGAGCCGAUUCUGAAGCAGCUCCAGCUUGAUGUUGGACCAUAUGAUGAUGAUACGGUUCCUGUGGAUUUGGACUUGCCCAACGUUAAAGACGUGCUGAAGUCCAGCAUUGAAUGCUACAAACAAGCUCUGAAUUCCAAGCCUGCACCAGAUCAGUUUUCGAGUUUGUGUCGGCGUUUGGGCAAUGCUUACAACGAACUAGGCGUAGUUUACAUGACUCAAGCAAACACCCUUGUGACAGGUGCUGGUGAGAAAGAUCGCAAUGAGUUCAAUACAUUGGUAAAGAAAAGCCUGCGUGAGCUGGAGUUGGGCAUUGCUGCUUUUGAGAAGGGGGGAGAUCGGAACAACUUGGCGCUGCUCUUGCUGAAUGCUGGAAGACUCAUGAGGCUUUGCUCAUUUGUGAUGUCACCUGUCUGUCGCACUCCCAUGCAGGGGCAGGAGAGAAAUUAUUAUCUUAAGGCUCUGAACUACUAUCAAAAGGCAAGCUGUGUGUUGGAAAAAAGAUGUGAGGAAAAUGAGCAAAUUUGGGACAGUGUCAACUGGCAGUUGUCAACGACUCUGUACAACAUGGCUGUGAUUUUGCAAGACUACCCUGACAGUAAUAAGAACCAACAGGAAGUUGAGAAGGAAGUUGUAGAGCAUUUGCAUAAAGCUCUGGCGUCAUGUGAUCUCACAACCCCAGGACGCCAGCUGCCAAUGUAUCAAAUUCGAGCUGCUUCCCUUCACCACAAACUAGCCUCCUUAUAUCACAAGUCUCUCAGAAACUUUGUUGGUGAUGAUCAAAAGCGAAAGUGGCAGCAUCAAUUGUGUAGAAAUCAUUACGAGAAGGCAGCUGACAUGUACAAGAGUUUAGAAGGCGUCUCUGAAUUUCUACGCGUACAACUCGAAAGAGUGGCUUUUGCUGAGUUUUCUGCUGAAAGUUCAAACAGUUCAGGAAGCAAAAGGGCCAUGUGGCUCAGCGCAGUUGACCUAAUGCUUGCAUGCGCUGACUUAGUCAAGGUGAUAGUCAAGCAGAAAGAGGCGCAGGAUGACGAGGAGGAGCAACUCAAACUGUUGGUCAUAUUGGAACAAACCAUGCAAAGCAUUCUUCUUUCGCUGGCCAAACUCUCUGCCAAAGACAAGGCAAAUGGUGCCAAAGAGUUCAAAGCCAUGUAUGCUGCUACGUUGCACCAGGUCAGCAAGGAAAAAGAAGAUCUUCGAACGGUUGCAACCAGACUUAGCACAAGUUUGAAGAAAGUGAAUGAACUCCGUAAAAAUGUUAUGUGAAGGGUGACCUGAUGCAUCUUUAAAAAUAUAUUUUCCACUGAAACUUCUCAUUUUUGUGAUGCCUGAAAUAUCAAAUUUGGUCAAUAUUGUCAAACUGAUUAAAUGAACUCUUCGUGCUUUUAGUUCUCAUUGUCAUUAAUUACUAGGUAGAAGAUGUUGCCUUAAUCAACUUGUAAUUAUAAUUAUGCCACUUAAAACGCUUUAAUUUGCAUGUGGAAUUCCAAUUGACAUCUUGAUUUAUCCUGUGUAUGAGGAGAAAAAUAUACGUGCUGAGUAAUAUUAAAUCAAAAAUCAACUAA